AUGCGUCUAUGGAAAAGCAAGGUGCAUUCAGGUAUGUCAUAUGAUCCAGAUAUUGCAUAUAGAACUGACACCUGUGUAGCUUUGGGUUCUAUGACCUAUAAGUGUCAGUGGUGCAACGCUUUGAAGUGGAAAGAUGAGACACUUGNUAUGUGUUGUAGCGCCGGAAAAGUACAACUUGAGAGGUUAAAACAACUACCUGAACCUCUCUACAGUUUGGUUAACGCUCUGCACCCAGAUCAUGUGCRRUUYAUGAACAAUAUUCGAAAAUAUAACGCCUGUUUUCAGAUGACGUMAUUUGGUGGUAAACAGGUAACAGCAGAYGGUUUCUUACCGACUUUUAAAGUUAAAGGACAGGUCUACCAUUUAAUUGGAAGUAUAUUACCUGAACCCGGACAGGGCGCACAGUACCUUCAAAUCUAUUUUGUCGGUGAAAACGAACGAGAAAUAAAUAUUCGGUGUUCUAAAUAUUCUAACUUAAAACCCAAUUUAAUCAAACAACUGCAGGAUAUGCUACAUCAAGUGAACCCACAUAUAAAAUAUCUGAAAAGUGCCAUCGAUAAAAUACCUCCUUCAGAGUCAUUUAAAGUUGUAAUACAUGCAGAUAAAAAACCAUCAGAAGAACAUAGAGGCUGGUAUAAUGCACCAACGGCAAAUGAAGUUGCUUUAGUGUUAGUAGAUCAGCAUUUUGAUCGAAGAGACAUCAUCCUCGAAAACCGAAGUAACUCACUUCAUCGUAUCAGUGAGAUACAUCGAGCAUACGACGCACUGCAGUAUCCUUUAAUGUUUUGUUGGGSGGAUGAUGGGUAUGCAAUCAAUAUACCACAACGCGAUCCAAAAACCAAGUUACCGCUUAAAAAAAUUGUGUCUGCAUCAAGUUUUUACUCAUAUAGAAUAAUGGCCAGAGAAAGGGAAGACACCUAUUUAGUUAAUUAUCGUUCUCUUUUCAGUCAAUAUUUGGUAGAUGAAUACGCCAAAAUUGAAACUGAAAGACUAAAUUACAUCAAAAACAACCAAGCCAAAUUGCGUGCAGAUAGUUAUAUUCAUUUAAAAGAUGCGAUUGGACGACGAGACAUAGAAGCUWAUCACUUAKGCCAAAUGGUUAUASUCCCGUCAACUUUUACUGGUGGGCUAAGGUACAUGCACGAAAGAACACAAGRUGCUAUGACCUACGUUAGACAUUACGGUYGUCCUGACCUUUUUAUUACUUUUACAUGUAAUCCUCGCUGGGACGAGAUAAAAGAGCUCUUACUUCCCGGUCAAAGAUCAUAUGAUCGACAUGAUAUAAUUGCAAGAGUGUUUCGGUUAAAAGUCAAAAAGACCAUGAACUUAUUGACAAAAGGUAAAAUAUUUGGAGAAGUGAGAUGCUAUAUGUAUUCAACAGAAUGGCAAAAGAGAGGUCUACCACAUAUUCAUAUUCUUUUAUGGCUUCAGCUUCACAUUACUCCGGAUCAAAUCGACAAUGUUAUUUGUGCUGAAAUACCCGAUCCCAUACGUGACCCUCAGCUUAAAUUGUUUAAUGGCUCUGACCAGGCUUCAUUUGCCUUAGAAAAUGAGAAAGAUAAAAUAAAAACUUACGAAAGUGGACGAUAUAAAAGUUCAUCAGAAGCCGUGUGGCGAAUCCUUGAAUUUCCAAUUCACGAGCGUUUCCCUACUGUUGUUCACCUUGUUGUCCAUUUAGAAAAUGGACAAAGGGUUUACCUUAAUGAACAAAACCUACACGGCAGAGUGAAUAGUACUCCUACAACUACACUUCUCUCAUUUUUUGAUUUGUGUAAAGUGGAUGACUGCAAAAAAUUUGCUUUACCCAGAAGUACCUGCAUAUUACUUUUGGGACAAAAAAAAGUUCCRAAGAAGGAAGAGAGGAGUAAACGUUGUUGGCUGGCCAGAUAUCAAAAGAGAGCACGCUCUGGGUAG